AUGGGUAGUCUACCUGGACAUUUAGUUCCCGGCUCCAUCUUUGUCAUUAUCGGCCUCUGGUGGAUGUAUUCAACAUGGUUACGCUACUUUGUCUGUCGUCAACGUCGACGACCGUUUUAUAUAACAACCGCUUUCCCUUGUCAUUGUUGUGGCCCUUCAGUUGCUAAGCUACCUAUGGAAGCAUUCUUUGUCCUAUUCGGAACCAUUUUAGGCAUUCUUAUUGAAUUAACUGCAGGUUUCAAUCGGGACGUCGAUUUUAAGACGGGUCAUGUUUCAAUUUAUGAAGGUGCAAAUAAUCUUCAACAUUUUUCUAUGUACCUUAUGUUUCUCUUGGUCGCACUGAUUGAAAUUUUGCUAUACUAUCGUUUUCCUCUACCAAAAUAUCUCGAUGUUGUUGCAGGUUGUUUAGCGUUUUCCUCGGAAGCCCUUCUCUUCUAUUUUCAUGGACACGCUCGUGACCCUGUGGAAAUUCAAAUUCACGUUUUUCUUGUGAUGGCUGUCGUUGCUACUGUUGUCUGUGGCGUUUUCGAAAUAGCUCAACAGGAAAAGAAAGUGUAUGCGACAUUAAUGCGAGCUUAUUUCACAGUUCUACAAGGUUCAUGGUUCUAUACAAUCGGCUUCUUUCUCUACAGCCCAUUUCAUGCUCAUUACAAGGAAAGUGAAGACCCUGACCCUCAUCGAUCAUCUAUGCUAAUUCCAUACUAUUUUGUUCUGCAUAUCGCUGCUACUCUCGUUGUGCUCAUUGUUGUGGCUAUUCCUGCUUAUGUGGUUAGUAAACGUCAAUUUCAAGCCAUUGAUUUUGCUGAAUAUGGAGAAGUAUCGAUGGUUAAUCAUGACGAAGAUGAGGAAAUGGAAAAAUUAAAUGGUACUACAUCAAUUUAA